GAGUGACGGUAACGCUGGCCGUAUGGUCGAAUGAUCCUGCGUCCAAACGGAUACUUAUUAUCUUCUGAGCACAUUGGGGACUCGUCCUCGUUCUACCGUUGUUUCCGCUCAGGUAAAAAUAGUCUGUGCAAGUCUCUGGCCUGAGGCCACAAGGGGUUAAGCGUGUUUGAGACUUAGAACAGCGUUGAUCGAAGACUCCAUCCCUCUCACCUCAACGACAACACUCACAAUCAACGUCCCUUCUCUCGACUUAGUUCACGACCCGAUCAGGCCCUCCCUCGAUGAAUUACGCUCUAUAGGAAUAGGAAUUGAUCAGUAUAUCAGCAACUGGGCGGAUUGAGCGCCAAAAGCAGAGUGUCUCAGACGCUGCGGGCGCAGAAUGGAGGGAAACGAUCGUCGUUCGUCGACAGGAAUCGACAGAAGAGCAUCAGCGAGGAUAUCAAUGACACAGCAAGAUAAUGAAGAUUAUGAUUUGGAGGCAAUGGGAAUUUCUGAUGGAUUCCGACCGGCAGCAGCGAUGACAGGUCACAAUAGAAUGUCGUCUCAAGCCUCACAACACAACACACCUGGUCGACGAACACCCCCUCCACGCCCAUCGUCCACCACGAAACCGAAACUCGAUUCUUUUGCAUUACGACACGACGGUGCGAUGGGUCCAGUCGCAAGAAUUAAUACUACUGUUGCAUCACAACCAUCGAAUACGGGUCCGACGAGGUCGUCGAGUGUCUCCACCGACAUGGCAUUUGUGAGAACUGAGAGUCCUUAUCAAGGACCAUCUGGCCCUUCACAUCCAUACCAGAUGUAUCCUCAGGAGUCCCGAAUUGCGAGGACAAUGAGUGUAGCAACAACUUCGACUGUUGCAGUACCCGAUAGACCAUAUAACGGUCCUGGUGGUCCGACACAUCCCUAUGGAAUGUAUCCACAGAAUAUCGUUCCUGAGGGGGAAGUGGCCGAAGGAUCGUCGAUACCACCCGUACCUGUUGGGUUUCCAGGCUUGAACAACAAUUAUCAACGUCGAUUGGGCCCUGACGGAGAAGAGAUCGCGGACAUCAUUGGACCAGAUGGACAUACAGAACAACUUCCACCAUACACUCAGUAUCCCGACGAAGCAUUUGCUAGGAAGACUCGACCUAAUGUUCAAGUACCGCUUGCAGGUGCUGGCGGCAUUGGUCUUGCAACACGCAAUCCUGAAUUCGAGUCACAAGAAGAUCUCAACACACCUCAAUCUCGGCAAUCCACUCGAAGCAUGAUGUCCGAUAGCAGCCAUCAAAUCAACAUGGCAGCAGCAGGCAUUUCGGAGAAACCUCCACUGAAGAGAUGGCAAAUUGUGGCUAAGAGAAAGGUUUGUGGAAUCGUUCCGAUCUGGGCUAUAGCAUUGGCUGGAGCAGUCUUCAUAUUGUUUGGAAUUAUCCUCGGCACGGUGCUUGCCAUCUUAAAACCAAAACACCCUAUGAAGCAUUAUAAGCCAGAUACUGAUGACCAACCGCAAACCGUUCUCGUGAGCACGAUGACCACGACUUUCGACGCGACACCACUAGCUACGGCUCCACCUGGAAUUUCCUCACUACCAACAGGGACCUACGCUCUGCCAAUCACCAUACCUUCAGCCAUCCAAAAUAGUUGCAUUCUCAACACCGCAAUGAGCGCUGCAUGGACCUGUACGAUACCUAUGACAUCUUACACUAUUGAUGUAGAACAAAUCCCGGGUGCCACCAGUAAUCUAGACAAUAAUGAGAUCAAUCUCAGUCUUGGAAACAAUACUUUCGGGAACUAUUACGCAUACGGUACUCAGCCACCAGUGCUACCAGAACAGCAAGUUCUCAACCUUGUCACUGACUCCCAAGACCCGGGCCGGGGACCCGCGUGGUUUUUUGAACUACCUUACAACAAACUUGUCAUCGUUCCAGAGAUGGCUCUUACAGCGCCUAGCAGCAAACGUGACUUGGACAGUCGAGAUGGACACCCCACUUCAGACUUCAUGUCGCGGAAGAAUGUGGCGGAGCCUGGAGAUAAGCCAUGGUUCUGUUACUGGAAUGGCACUCUUCUUGAAGCUUUUAUAUAUGAAACAUUACGUAUUGACUAUUCUCAGGUCAACCUCACCAGUAGUGCCGGCCAGACAGCCUCUUCAUCCUCGUCCUCAGCCCCAACCUCGACCUGGAAACCAGCGGCAUCUCAGACAUCUGCAUCGGGUGCCGCAGCCACGUCCGGUCAAUCUUCAGGUUCUUCAUCAAGUUCUUCCAACCAGAUGACAUGGACACCAGCAUACCCUCGGGUACUGAAAAUAGAAGAGCGCCGAGUUCCAAGAGGUGAUCAGUCUAUCUCCCCUUAUUGUAUUCAGCACAUCAUCGAUGCGUAUGGAAACGCCGAGCCAUACAUGAAUUCCACUAAUCAGCCGGUCACAAUAUAUCUUAACGAGUCAGAGCCUUCAGCCGUUUCUCAAAUCCCGGGCAAACGCUCGUAUGAUGCUUUGCUUGGACGAGAUGUUGAGGAACGCCAGGGCUCCAACAGCUGUGGCUGUGUAUGGUUAUGGACAUGAUUAUGCAUGAAUUUCUGCGAUUCGGGGAUAGGCGUUUAGUUCGGAUAAUGUGUACAGUUCCUGGGAGCCUGGCUUGGCAACGGCGUUUCAUGGGAUAUCUUUUUCAGCAACUCGAUUUUGAGGCAUUCUGGGCAACCGGCUGUGGGGGAACGACAUUGAUGGGUACAUAUAAAAGGGGGAU